UUUGAUUAAAGAGUCCUCAAAUGCUAUUACAGGGCUUUUAAGUUUGCCGUUUGCCGCCGAAAGCCAACCGUCCAUGGUCCACCCACCCGCCCACGGUCCCACUAUCUCUCUUUCUCUCUCUUACAGUAAGAGGGAUGCUCGGUCUGACUGCCUCUCUGGCCGCCGCAACGCCACCCAACGCCACCGCCACAAAUUCUUGUAUCAUUCCAAACACCCGUCUUCUCCAGCUAUCCCCCGACGCGCAAAUACGAACCAAUUCCUCAUCGUCUUUCACGUGUUGCUCAGUGAGGAACUUGCACUCAAGUUGCAGAACAAUUAAAGCCAUGGCGGCGGCUGAGGAAACCCUUACAGUCACUAACCCUCCCUCACCCGUUUCCGGUAAUAGGCAGGCUCUGAUAUCAUUGUCAGACAAGAAGGAUCUUGCUGUUUUAGGGAAUGGGCUUCAGGACUUGGGAUAUCAAAUUGUUUCGACUGGAGGAACUGCAUCUGCCUUGUCCAAUGUAUUACUGCUUAUUUAUUCCAAGUUAAAUAUGUUUGUCAAUCAGAAUCACAAAGAUGUCUUGGUGGUGGUUGAUUCAGAAGACUAUCCCGCACUUCUUGAGUUUCUUAAGGGAGACAAGGAUGAUCAACAAUUCCGAAGGAAGCUUGCAUGGAAGGCUUUCCAACAUGUAGCUUCUUAUGAUUCUGCAGUUUCAGAAUGGCUUUGGAAGCAGACUUCUGAAGAUAAAUUCCCUCAGAGCUUAACAGUGCCUAUGUUGCUUAAAAGUCCCCUCCGUUAUGGUGAAAAUCCUCAUCAGAAGGCUGCAUUCUACGUUGACAAGAGUCUUUCUGAGGUGAAUGCAGGUGGUAUUGCAACUGCUAUCCAACACCAUGGGAAGGAAAUGUCAUAUAAUAAUUAUUUAGAUGCCGAUGCGGCUUGGAAUUGUGUGUCAGAGUUUCAGAAUUCUACCUGUGUAGUUGUAAAGCAUACAAAUCCUUGUGGCGUAGCUUCACGUGAUGAUAUUCUUGAAGCAUACAGGCUUGCUGUUAAAGCAGAUCCCGUGAGUGCAUUUGGUGGCAUCGUAGCGUUCAACGUAGAGGUUGAUGAGGCUCUUGCUAAGGAAAUUCGAGAGUUUAGAAGCCCGACAGAUGGCGAAACCCGGAUGUUUUAUGAGAUUGUGGUUGCACCCAAGUACACAAAGAAAGGGCUUGAAAUCCUCCGCGGAAAAUCAAAGACUCUAAGGAUCCUUGAGGCAAGAAAAAAUGAAAAAGGAAAGCUUUCACUUAGACAGGUUGGUGGUGGGUGGUUAGCCCAGGACUCGGAUGAUUUGACCCCCCAGGAUAUACAGUUUAAAUCUGUCACUGAGAAGGCUCCACAAAAGAGUGAGCUUGCCGAUGCAGAGUUCGCAUGGUUGUGCGUCAAGCAUGUCAAAAGCAAUGCAAUUGUAAUAGCAAAGAAUAACUGCAUGCUGGGCAUGGGGAGCGGGCAGCCUAACCGCUUGGAGAGUUUAAGAAUAGCCUUGAAGAAAGCUGGAGAAGAGGUCAAGGGUGCAGCUUUGGCCAGCGACGCCUUCUUCCCAUUCGCAUGGAAAGAUGCAGUGGAAGAAGCUUGUGAAAGCGGAGUUAGCGUAAUUACAGAACCCGGUGGGAGCAUUAGAGAUGGGGAUGCUAUAGACUGCUGUAACAAGUAUGGAGUUUCACUUCUUUUCACAAACGUUAGGCACUUCAGGCAUUGAUAACGAUUUUUUCCCUUGAAGCUUCUGCCUUAGGACCUUAGGUCUGAAUCUGUUGUUUCAAUAAGAUAACUAGGCUUUUCUUGUGGAGAAGUUCCUGUAGACAUGCUUGUUUGACAUCGAGGCAAAUCAUAAUAUAUGUUUAUUUAAUCUGAAUGCGGAUUUCAGGUACCAUAGAUUUAUAAUC